AUGGGCUCCCUCCCUCCGCCACUCUCAUUCCCCGAUGAACAAGACAAGAACCCAUCCAACCCGAAAUUGGACCAAACCCAUCUCCUCAACCUCUUCAAAUGCCAGCAGAACUACCUCAACCAUUUCUUCCAGAAUCUCGACCUCACGCAAACCCUAGCCUUCACUCAAACCCUCCUUGACGCCCGGGGCACAAUUUUCUUCACCGGCGUCGGCAAAUCGGGGUUCGUCGCGCAGAAGAUCUCGCAGACCCUCGUCUCCCUCGGCGUCAGAUCCGGGUUCCUCCCACCCGUCGACGCCCUCCACGGAGACAUCGGCAUUCUGUCUCCCGACGACCUGCUGGUGAUGUUCAGCAAGAGCGGAAACUCGGAGGAGCUGGUGAGGCUCGUGCCGUGCGCGAGAGCGAAGGGUUCGUACCUGAUAUCGGUGACGUCAGUGAGCCCUAACGCGCUGAUGAGGUCGUGCGAUCUGAAUGUGCAUUUGCCGCUGGAGCGCGAGCUGUGCCCGUUCGAUCUGGCGCCGGUGACGUCGACGGCGAUCCAGAUGGUGUUUGGGGAUACGGUGGCGAUCGCGCUCAUGGGGGCGAGGAAUCUGAGCAAGGAGGAGUAUGCGGCCAACCAUCCUGCCGGGAGAAUUGGAAAGAGCUUGAUUUUCAAGGUGAAGGAUCUUAUGAAGAAGAGAGGAGAGCUUCCAGUUUGUCGGGAACGAGAUAUGAUCAUGGAUCAGCUGGUAGAGCUAACCAGCAAAGGGUGUGGAUGCCUUCUUGUUAUAGAUGACGAGUAUCGUUUGCUUGGUACAUUUACUGAUGGUGAUUUGAGGCGUACACUGAAAGCUAGUGGUGAGGGGAUUUUCAAGCUCACAGUGGGUGAGAUGUGUAACAGGAACCCAAGGACAAUAAGUCCCGAUGCAAUGGCAGUCGAAGCUAUGCAAAAGAUGGAAGCCCCACCAUCUCCGGUUCAGUUCUUGCCUGUCAUCAAUGACCAAAAUGUCCUCAUUGGCAUCGUUACAUUGCAUGGCUUGGUCUCUGCUGGCCUUUGA